AUGUCGAUUGAGUGUUUGAUGGGUAGAAUAAAAUAUUUACAAGCCUCGAAGUCAUUCUCGUCUGCCUUGGAUGAGGUGAAUAUUUUAGUAGUAAAAUUUUCAAGUUAUGUCCCUGGUUUCAUUGAAAAGAUGAGGAUUCAACUUGCAUCUCAGGACUGGGAAUCAGCUUCAGAUACAGCUACUAGAUGCCUGUCAAUUGACCCUACGUGUAUAGAGGCUUUAAAGUUUCAAAUUCUGUAUUUGCUGUGUUACGAAGGAAACACCAGUGCAGCACUGAAAAAGCUAGAGGAGCUUAAAAAAGAACUUGAAAUAUCGGAACCAAAGACAUCAAAUCAGUAUUCAUCAGUUUCUAAGCUGAUAUCCCUAAUCUGUGGUCGUGAGCCUACAAUACUGCAAAAGGUUCAAGAAAUAUGCGAGAAAGCAGUUGAGCUGACGCCUGGAAACUAUCAUUACCUGAUUAACUUAGGUGAUAUUGUUCUCAUGCAGGGCAAACUAAAGGAGGCCGUUCAACAUUUUCGGAACGCGGUAAAUUUGUGUGAAACAAGCUUUGAUGGUUUAAAAGCUGUUGUUAAGUGCCAACUUCUUCAAAGCAAUCUACACGAAGCUUCAACACAAUUAGAAUUUUUGAGUGAGCUACAACCAACGAUUGGAAAGUCUUCAGAAGUAAGCUACAUGAUCUCAGUACUCAGACGCAAACAAGGUUUAUCAACAUCGCAAAUACUAACGCCCUUGAAUGAAGCUAUGGAAUUGCAGCUACAUAAACUUCGGAAUGUCAGUUUGAGCCUUGAAUAUUAUGAACUGUUAGAUCCAGACUUUCUCCUUCAACUUGUCAGUGAAUAUUUAAUUCAUGCACCACCUGAACCUUCAAAUAUUGGCAAUACAUUUAGAAUAUUUAAUGAUAUGGCAUAUAUAAAUGACCAAUAUGAUUCAGUUCUUAUGCGGUGUUUACGUAUUUUAGAACCAUUGACACUUUCAGCCCCAGGUUUUCAAAAGGGAAUAUACCUUACAGCAUAUGUUCAUUAUAUGUUAAGAAAUACUACAAUUGCAAUAUCUAAUGUGAAAAAAUGUUUAGAAGUAAAUCCAUCUUUUCUUGAUGGUUAUAUUUUAUUGGCAAAAAUCCAUUUUAUAUGUCAAAUUUGA